CGCUUGUUUACGUAAAUAAGAAGAAGACAAAAGACUUAUAAAACAUUCUUAAAUUUAAUUUUAACCAGUUAAUAAAUUGCGCUCAAUGUCAAAGCACACUUUAAUAGGCGGCGGCACUGGAUUUAUUGGCAGUCAUCUGGCCAAGCACUUGGCCCAAAAGGGCUACGAAGUAACCGUCGUUUCCCGCAUGCCUGGCUUAAAGCGCAUCACCUGGCACGAAAUCGAAAAGAAUGGCAUCCCCAACAAUGUGAACUCGGUGGUGAAUGCCACCGGACAGAAUGUCCUCGAUCCGAGCAGACGCUGGACGCCUGGAUUCCAGCAGAACGUUUGGAAUUCUCGCGUUAACUCGGCUAAGACAUUGGCCAAUGCCAUUCAAGCAUCGCCGCAGAUCACGACCUUCGUUAACCUCUGUGGCGUGAGUCUCUAUCGACCCUCGGACACGAAGGUGUACACGGAGCAGGACGAGGGAGAGGACUACGACUACAUGUCCCGUCUCUGUCUCGCCUGGGAAGCAGCAGCGAGAGGAGGAAACGCAAGCUCCGAUCAAUGCAGAUCUGCCAUUGUGCGAACUGGAGCCGUUGUGGGACGUGAUGGAGGCAUGAUCAAGGGGAUUUGGCUGCCAUUUAAGCUGGGGCUCGGUGGUCCCAUGGGCACUGGUGAGCAGAUAAUGCCCUGGAUACAUAUGCACGAUCUGUGCAGCCUUAUCCAGCACAUUAUUGAGAAACGGGAGACGGGCGUCUUCAAUGGCGUGGCGCCUGAAAUCGUUUCCAACAAAGGCUUCUCUCAGAUCUUUGCUGCCUCUCUGAAUCGUCCCUGCCUCUUCAAUGUGCCCGAAUUUGUGGUCAAGGCCAUCUUCGGCGAGGAGCGUGCUGCACUUUUAUUGUCUGGAGCCAAAAUACAACCCAAGAGGACUCUCUCCUCCGGCUUCCAGUUCAAAUAUCCCAGCGUUAAAUCCGCUGUGAACGAAGUGGUUGGCAACUAAGCCCAAAACGAACAAAAUAGGAGCAGGAAAUGCUUUACAUUGGCACUGUGUUAUUUGUUAUUUAGUUGAUAUUCAUUUGUAAUUUAUAGAAUAACCAAAUUUAAAUAGAGCAAGCAAAUUGAACAGAA